AUGCCGCCCAAGCGCAAACAUGCCAAGCUACAGCGAUCGUCCAGCCCAACUCGUCUACCACCUGGGAAUGGCGUUGGCUUUCGCGCCCGUCUUCGCAGCAUCGUCCAUUCCGAGGCAUCACCAGCUUCUGAUUCCGCGUGCGAUGUCACUACUCUACCCUUGACGGUUGAGCAGCAGUUCCGUAUGCAUUUGCUCUGGGACUCGUGCUCCCCAUCGACCAAAGAAGAUGUCUCCGACAAAGCAGCAGACAAGGACGCUGAUCAAAUCGCAGCGCUUAUGGAUGCGUUCACGCGAGCUGGUUCCGCCCUCCACGCCACUGCCUUUGCGCGUCUGGCCCAACAUCGAGAAUCUUUUGACAAGCAGGUUGCUGGCCUGACGGAGGACUCGAACAGAGCGCUUGAGGAUAACGAAAGACUAUAUGCCGGCAACAUCGCCGUCCCAUUCAAGUUCACACUGUUUGAAUCACAGAACUUCCCUUCCGACAUUGUUCUGGCACACUUGUCAAGUCUCGCUCAUGAAGUCCACCAGGCAGAGAAGGAUGUGCGCAAGCUUGCCGCAGAGUGGGAUGAGUGCAUCAAGGCCGAAGAAAACAUUUGGCGCGAGCUGGGCAAUGACGGGAACGAGAGAUCAUGUCACGCGCGCCCCGACGAAUCCUUGUCGCCCGCAGAAAAGGAUGCGUAUGAGAAGGAGGCGAAAGCCAUAGUCGAGUCGGGCUGCCAGAAGAUCGACGACCUGGAAACAGAGUGCAAGAACAGAUGUCAGGCUCUGCUGCAACAAGCAUUCCAAAAGAGUUUGAUGGAAAUGGACUGA